GAACUCGUGCCAUUGUAGUGACUCAUCUCGGGCAGAGCGCAGGGGCUCCGAGCGAAGCAGCGAGCAAGUGAGCGGCGCCCGCGGGACUGAGAGGGAGAGAGGCGCGGGCGGGCGAGGCGAGGGGCGCAGGUCCGGCGCGGGACGCGCGGCGCCGGGAGCGGGCCGCGUGCCCCUCAGGCCGGCUCGGCUUGAGCUCCGCGGGGCGGGCGCAGGCCGCCUGCAGCCAGUCCAGUGUCCGAGCCGCCCCGAAACUCCGGCGGCGAGGCGGCCACAGGAAGUUUAUUCUCAGCCCCUUUUCUAAAAGGAGGAAACAGAAGUUUCUCCAAGCGGCAGCCUUUCUUUUCGCUUGUUUUUUUUUUCUUCCCUCUUUGAAAUAGGGGGCUCCCAGGCCUGGCCAGCGUGACCCCUCCUGGCUCCUCUUCUUUUUUAAUCUCCAGUUUUUGCCUGGGCUCCGGCUGCGCGCGGCGGGGAGGGGGCCGGGCGCCGCGCGGACUUUCAGAGGGAGGGGCCGGGUGGACCCCUGGGCCCGCGGCGCGCGGAAGGCAGGGACGAAGUGCCUCGCUCGGCGCCCCGGAGGCACUGUUCCCGUAGAGUCGCCGCCUCCCGGGCCGCGCAGGCAAGCAGCGCGCAGCAGCCGGUGCGCGGCCGCGGCGAGCGCUGGGGAAGAAAGACACCCUGUUUCCUCUCGGGCCCCCACCGCGGAUCAUGUACCAGGAUUAUCCCGGGAACUUUGACACCUCGUCCCGGGGCAGCAGCGGCUCUCCUGCGCACGCCGAGUCCUAUUCCAGCGGCGGCGGCGGCCAGCAGAAGUUCCGGGUAGAUAUGCCUGGCUCAGGCAGCGCCUUCAUCCCCACCAUCAACGCCAUCACAACCAGCCAGGACCUGCAGUGGAUGGUGCAGCCCACUGUGAUCACCUCCAUGUCCAACCCGUACCCCCGCUCGCACCCCUACAGUCCCUUGCCGAGCCUGGCCUCUGUUCCUGGGCACAUGGCCCUCCCAAGACCCGGCGUGAUCAAGACCAUUGGCACAACUGUGGGCCGCAGGAGGAGAGAUGAACAGCUCUCCCCUGAGGAGGAGGAGAAGCGUCGAAUCCGGAGAGAGAGGAACAAGCUGGCUGCAGCCAAGUGCCGAAACCGACGCCGGGAGCUGACGGAGAAGCUGCAGGCGGAGACAGAGGAGCUGGAGGAGGAGAAGUCGGGCCUGCAGAAAGAAAUUGCUGAGCUGCAGAAGGAGAAGGAGAAGCUGGAGUUCAUGCUGGUGGCCCACGGGCCCGUGUGCAAAAUCAGCCCGGAGGAGCGCUGCUCACCGCCGGCCACGGGGCUGCAGCCCCUGCGCGGUGGGAGCGGCGGAGUGGGUGCUGUGGUGGUGAAACAGGAGCCGCUAGAAGAAGACAGCCCCUCGUCAUCGGCGGGGCUGGACAAGGGCCAGCGCUCUGUCAUCAAGCCCAUCAGCAUUGCUGGGGGCUUCUAUGGGGAGGAGCCCCUGCACACUCCCAUCGUGGUGACCUCCACACCUGCCAUCACUCCAGGCACCUCAAACCUCGUGUUCACCUACCCCAGCGUCCUAGAGCAGGAGUCACCUGCGUCACCCUCCGAGUCCUGCUCCAAGGCUCACCGCAGAAGCAGUAGCAGUGGGGACCAGUCUUCAGACUCCUUGAACUCCCCCACUCUGCUGGCUCUGUAACCUGGCUCCCAGGGGGUCCUCGUCACUGCCUCUUUCCAGGGACCAGCACCUUCAAGCACUCCAGGGCAGUGAGGGCGAGAGGGGACCCUGCCAGAGAGCCUCCUGGCUCUCGGGGGGGGGACCCAGGUGGGAUUCGGUGGAGAGGCGUUGGAGGACUCGGAUGAUGUCUUGGAAGUGAUGAUGGGACCUCCUCCCACGUUCAUGUUGCAAAGCAAAUCCUGUGUCUUGAAAAGCCUUGGAGAACUUGGUUGGUAGACUUGGGGCAUCUCUCUGGCUCCUGAAGAGCCUGAAGCUGGUGUGGCCGGUUCCUGUCCCUUUGUUACAAUAGGUCUCUGGAGUGAUGGUGUCUUUCCUGCCCCGCCAAGCAUGCUCGGUGCCUUUUGGUGUCACCUUCCCUCUCUUUGCCCCUUCCUCCCCCCAAGUGUCAAUUUCACUUCCUCUUGGUUUUUAUCCAGUUUGCCAUGACAUUUCAUCUGGGUGGUCUAAAUAUUAAAGCUCUUCCUUUCUGGAGAUGGAGCAGCAGGUGACUUCUGGGGCUGACUUGUCCAGAAAGGGACAGUCAAUGUGCAAUACAGACCCUUUCCUCCCAUGACACCUCCCGGUGCACCGCCAUCUCCAGAACCACCAGCAGGGCCCCCUGAGCUCUCCAGGAGGUGCCGCCAUCACUGGGAGGCUUGGAGAGCCCUUCCUUCCCACCCUCUGACAUGGCUUUUGGAGGAGUGGCUUGGCCAGAAGACAGGGUGUGAGUGAGACAGCUGGAGCACAGGUUGGGUUUGCCAAAUGCCUAAUUACCAGGUCAGGAGUAGUGCCAACAAGCCACAUGGGUGUCCUAUGCAGCUUCCCUUCACCCGGUGUCUUGAGCAGGACGUCUCCUUUAAUUGCUGCCUCACCAUUCUGCCCCGGACCCUUCUCUCCAGACCAGGGAGGUGUCCCUCCCAAGGAACCCCAUGUCACUCCAAGUCCCUGCUGGCUCCACCCUCCCUACACCUGGCUGUCAGGGUGACGCCACCCACAGAUUUAAUAAGCGUGGGCCGGGCCCCUCUCCAAGCCUCAAAGGCACCUUUGUGGAGGUUGGAAAGGCAAAAGGGAGAGAGAGAGACAGGCGGAGAGGGAUUCACCUCACAGCAUCCCCAGCAUCCCCAGCACCUGGUGUCUCGCCUCCCAGACCUCUUCUACCCUCUGUGGUCUUCUAUUGCCUGCUGGUUGAAUCAAGUGCUUUCUCUUUCCUGCUCCCCUGCCCCUUCCCCACUGUGGCCUCCAGUCUGGUCAGCCAGCCGUGCACAGCUGGCUCAGAACUUUCUAUGACUUAUGGCUUAUGUGUCAUCCCUGGGGGCUGCUGAAAUCAGAUAAGACAGUUGCUUCCCACCGCAGGAGAGCUGCCCCCUUCCCCGAGGGAGGGGGUGAGCUGGGGUCCUUCUGGCCUCCCGCAAGAGCAUAGCCCAGCAUAGCUCUGCAUGAUCCCUGCCCUCCCGUAACCCCAUCCUUUUCCUCCCAAGGGUACAGCUCCUGCUGAUCUUCCAGAAUUGGCCUCAGUGUUGCUGUGCUCUGAGGGAGACCCACUGUUGUGAUGCAGCUCUAGAAAUCAUUGUAUGAUAAUUUAAACUAUAUAGAUAUUAUUUAAAUCAGAUCCAAUGGGAGCUCAAUUUCAAAGGUAGACUUGGAAGGAAAGAAGAGAACUUGACACAUGGGCUCCCCUGAUCCCUUCACACAGCCAGGCCUCAAGCGCUGGCCAUUAUUUAAUGUCCAUUACCCCCUUACCAUGCACUAGAUACAGGAGGGAACAGCCAGUGCUGAAAAUACAUAGCCCGCUAUGACUGGAAGUGAUGUGUGCAAGCAUAGGCUGCACAGACAGAGGAGCUUAAAAGGAAAGGAGUUUUGUCCAAAAAUACUUUUUAAAAAAAUGUUAUUUUCCACAUUCCUUGGCUGGGAUGCUGCUCUCACAUUUUCCCAGAGGUUCUGGGAGGGCAGGCCUGGCGGGUGAGGGUGCUCUUAGUAAGAUCAGGCAGUUGGCUUUCUGGCUUCAGAUUAAUCAAAGAAGCAGAAGUCAGCCAGGAGUGGCACAAGCAGGGUGAAGAAAAGCAGGCUCGCAGCUCUGAAGCUUAAUCAUCUCCCCUGGUUUUGUGGCCGAUUUGGAGCUAUUUGCUUCUUUUGCAUAUGUAUACAUUACUUAAAUGGCACUGCUUUCUGGUGUUUUAUUUCUAAAAGCCCCCACUUGGCACUGCCAAUGCAGGUCACAAUCUGACUUGGGGCCAGACUGGACAUUCCUCAGACAGACUUUGGAUUUAGUUGAGAUCUCAAGCUGUGUUGGCUUUGGGACCAGCAGAAGGCAAAACCCCAGCCACCCCAUGGGAUGUUAGGCGCCUCCAGGCUGUGUGGCCAUUCAGGACCCCUCUGGCUUUGUUCUAGGGGGUGGUUUGGCUUUUCCAAAGCCAGAGGUUGUUUGGGGACGGCUGAAUAUUCACACCUAACUCGUGAGCAUAUUUUCAGUUAUUUCCUUCUGGCUUGUUCUCCAAGUUCAUGUACACAUACCCUUGCUCCAGAAUCGCCAGACACCGGCCUGUUGCUUCCUCCUCCGUGGCCCCAGCUAAGGGAACAGCUGCAGUAGGGGUGCCUCUGAGUGUGACUGGGACCUGCUGUGCCUCCCCUGUGUCCCCAGCCACGAGGCAGCUGGUGUGGAGUCCGGGUGAGCUGCAGGCAGCUCUGGGGCAGCAUAGAGCAGACACUCCUUGACAGGCUAGUGUGAAACAGUCCUCUCGGCCACCCGGCUGGCCUUUCUGGGAAGAGUCCUCUUCCUGCCUGGGUGGAUGGGGACAGCUGCUGGCACAGGAAAGAGAGGAGAUCCCAGAUGAAGCCUAGGAAUUUGCAGGAGCCAACUCUACACACAGAAUUCACUGGGGAAGUUUUCAGAAAGAAAUCAUUGUUUUGCCUGUGAGAAAGGCCAAGUGUGUGUGUCCACUGUGGCCAUCACACACAGCCAAGAGCCAUCAGAGGCUCCUGCUCCCCUCUCUCAGGCCUUGGGGAGAGGUGUCUCCUCUCACUCCCACUUGGCUCCGAGUUUCAGGGUGGGCUCAGUCGUAGACACAUUUAGGACUUUUCUCCCCUCUCCUUGAUGGACCAACUGUGUUCCCUGCAAUCUUACCACAGAAGCUUCCUGUUGAUCUCCUUCCCUGACCAGAUGUGCGCAUGGCCCCUUUAAGAAAGUAAAGAAUAUGCACCUACUAUGUGCCAGGCAUUUUGUUGGGCACAAAUACACAUACAUAUAUAUAUAGAUAGAUCUCCUCUUUCAGAAGAGACUAAGGGAUGAGGACAUCUGUUAUUAAAGGCCCCCCAUGUAAUGGAUAAGCAGAAACACUUGGAGGUGAGAAGGUCUUUCUUCAAAGACAGAGGCAAGAUUGCCUUCAGUCUGAGGUUUGUCCCCAAAGACCGCCCCCUACAAUAUCCUCCCACCUCUAAACCUCUUUUCCCUCUGUGAAGUGCUCUGCACUCCUCAGAUGGUUAGAGGGGUAAACUGAGUCCUUGUAGAAUUUGUGAACCAAUAAGAUAUAUGGUGUAUGUAACUUUCUUUUAAAAAGUUAAGUAAAAGGGCCUUGCUAUUUUCUGCUUGUUGAGUCUCCUUGGCAUUCAUCUUAAAAGCCAGCAUCUCACUAUUUAUUGACAGGUUGGUGUGUAUGUGUGUACGUGUGUGUGUACAUUUCCAGGUGUGCCCAUGUCCUCCAGCUUUUAAAAAGGAAACCUAGUCAGUCAUCCCACUACUAAUUUGAUACCUUCUCAUGCUUCUAGUGUUUUGACCAUACAUCAAUGAAAGGUCUUAAUUUUCCAAUGUGGACACGUUCAGGAGGGUCUGGGUCAAAUUUUGAGCGGGGUUUGGGAAGGGGAGGAGGAAAAGAAACCGACAUUUGUUUUAUUAUUUAUUUUAAAUGUUUACAUCUUUGUGUUGUACCAAGCCUCAUUAGAAACAGCAUUAAAAUACCCAGUUCCUCUCUCCCUCUCUGCUUCAUCUUAAAAAAAAAUUAGGCUAAUGAUGCUUUUUGGUUUUCUAAAAUGAUUUGUGAUGUGUGCUGUAUAAACUGUAUAAAAAGGUUCUGUUUUUAAAGAUGGACUGUCAUUCCUCUGGGGACAGUGACCACCGAGAAGUCUACAUUGUAAGAGAACACAACGGAAGAUCCUGCCCCAUUCCUCAAAAAUUAUUUUCUCUGUAUGAUUAAAAGUUUAUUCCAUUUAUUUUAGUUUGUGGUUACUUGAUGUCAAGGAAGAAGAUAUUCGCCUUUGUGUAAAGUAGGUAUCAGGGUGUCCUUUCUGCAGUGAGAGAUGUAUAUAUAGUAUUUCGGUAUAUAGUGGAAAAUCAUAUGCUUUGUGCAUCUGUGUUUGAGAUGUCAAUGAUGUGGCGUUAAGUCUGCUAGAAGAUCUUGGGGGCAACAAGUUGUAUGAGAUUCCUAUAGCUCUGGGCAAUGUAAUGACCUUCCUGAGCACCUUUUCUUGUUUUGUUUUUUUUUUAAACUAUUGGUGAAAUGGUCCCAUUGGAAAGGCUUCUACAUAGGCCUUUCCAGGCAGGACUGUGAGCUUAAAAAUCUUUGUAUAGUUUUGAAAAUUGAGGAGUAGCUCUGCUCUGAAGCAUCUCUGGUGGUGUUUUGUUGUUGUUUUGUUAUUUUACUGUAAUACAAGCCUACAGUAUUUGCACUAAAGAAAGCUUGUUAGAAAAAGCUUGCUGCUAUGGAAGAAAGAACAUAUUAAAACUU